CUUCCAAUAUUGUUCUCUUUCUCAUUCGGUGACACGAGAAUUUUUCAUGAAGCUUCUCUCUCCGCCUCCCUUAAAAUUCUGACUCCUACCCUCGCGCGUCUACUCUACUGUCCCCGGCCCGUUGCCAACUCUUGCACCCUCUUUCCUUUUGGGCAUAUGCAUCUGUAACUCAGAGAGAGAGAAAGAGAGCAUGCAAGAAGAUAUUGGCCUAGAGGAGAUGCUAAGUCUAAACUUGGGUAUCAGCAGCACUGCGAAGAAGAGGAAGAGAACAGAAGAAUCUAAUGUUAUUCCUUGCGGUAACUUAAUGCCGGACGUCUUAGAUAAGAAGUUCUUCGGGUUGCUUCAAAGCAGGGAGAGAAUGUUAGGAUUAGAUCCCAGAAGGAAGGGGUUGGAGGAUGGAGAGGGUCUGCAAUUGAUCCAUCUGCUUCUCGCGUCUGCCGCCGCGGUUGACGCAAACAAUACGAUCUCUGCCAUCGACGCCCUGCAUGAACUGUACCAGCUUGUCUCAACGAAUGGUGAUCCGAUCCAACGGGUUGCAGCUUACUUUGCAGAUGGCUUGGCUGCGAGGCUUCUAACGAAGACGUCUCCUUUCUACGAAACUAUCAUGGCGCAACCCGCAUCCGAAGAGCAAUUAUUGGCCUUUACCGAACUCUACCAGGCUUCACCUUUCCACCAAUUUGCUCAUUUCACCGCUAACCAAGCGAUCAUGGAGGCCUUCGAGGAGGGCCAGCAGCGGCCGCACAACGGAAGAAGCCUGCAUGUGAUAGAUUUCGAUGUGUCGUACGGAUUCCAGUGGCCUUCCUUAAUCCAAUCACUCUCUGAUAAAGCCACACGGAGCAAGCCUAUCUCCCUUCGGAUCACUGGAUUCGGUAGGAGCAUUGAGGAACUCAGGGAAACUGAAACAAGGCUUGUCAACUUCACAAAAGGCUGCGACAACUUGUUCAUGAAAUUUGAAGGGCUGCUGAGAGGUUCAGUACGUAGCGAUUUUAAGAUCGAAAAGAAUGCAACGCUCGUCGUGAACUUGGUUUUUUACCUGCAAACCUUGAGGAGCUCUUCCGAGGUAUCCGAUGCAUUGAUGGCUGUCUGCUCAUUGAAUCCAUCUCUGGUGGUCGUCGUCGAGAAAGAAGGUGGACGGAGACCAUGUACCUUCUUAUCAAGAUUUAUGGAGUCUUUGCAUUAUUAUGCAGCCAUGUUCGAUUCGCUGAAUGACUGCCUCCCUGCCGAGAGCACCGAGAGGCUGAAAAUUGAGAAGAACCAUCUGGGUAGAGAGAUCAAGAUUGCCAUGACUGAAGAGGAGAAGGAAGAGGGAAAACAUUUGGAGUUUGAGAGGACGGAUACGUGGAAGGGAAAGAUGGAGAGCUUCGGGUUCGGAGAAAUAAAGCUAAGUUCGAGGUCUGUGAGCCAAGCAAAGCUUCUGUUGAAGAUCAAGAGUCACCUAUCAACCAUAGAGCAUGAUGGUGGCUGUGGGUUUAGAAUUCUUGAGAGAGACGAAGGGCGGGCAAUAUCUUUAGCAUGGCAAGACAGGCAUCUAGCAACAGUCUCUGCAUGGCACUGCGUACGGUCGCCCAAUCACUCACUUGGAUGCAGUUCGUAGAUGGUUAAAUGUUUCCACCCUCCAUCUACAUUAAUUAUUAUAUAAUUUCACAAUCUUUCACUGGUAUUCAAAUCAACUUAGUUUUUUGGUUACUUUUAUCCCGGAUGAUGUAGAUAUUUCAAAUAAAGAUUAUGCCUGUCCUACACACUAUUACUGCUCUCAUUUGUCGAAAGCAUCGAUGAAUCAGCGGGACAUAUUUCUGAUUUCUUCAUCGUUUUUCUUAUUUUUUCAGUUUCUCAUUAUGUCAUUUGUGAGAAGGCUCGCCUUUAUUGUAGAUGAGGGGAAUGAGUUUCUCUGCUAUGAACUCUAGAAGCCAAUUUUAUGAAAAUUCUCAU